GCAUGGGACGGCGCUGCCCACGGCGCACGCUGGCGGCCGCGUGCCUGGGCGCCGUGCUCCUGCUCCUGUGCGUGGCGCCCCGCGCCCUGCGCCCAGCAUUUGAGAGCAGGCCCCUGGGCUCCGGCUGGCUCAGUGGGAGGAGGAGGAGUCCCUUGCAAAUGCUCCACGACCUGGACCAGGGCCCGCGCUCGCCCCUGGCCGAGGCGCACCGGCAGCGGCGCGACCUGCUGCGCCGCGCCUGCAGCCGCCACUCACGCCGCCAGCGCCUGCUGCGGCCCGAGGACCUGCGCCACGUGCUGGUGGACGACGCGCACGGCCUGCUCUACUGCUACGUGCCCAAGGUGGCCUGCACCAACUGGAAGCGCGUGCUGCUGGCGCUCAGCGGCCGCGCCCGCGGGGACCCGCGCGCCAUCCCGGCGCACGAGGCGCACGCGCCCGGCCGCCUGCCCUCGCUGGCCGACUUCGGCCCGGCAGAGAUCAACCGGCGCCUGCGCACCUACCUGGCCUUCCUGUUCGUGCGCGAGCCCUUCGAGCGCCUGGCGUCCGCCUACCGCAACAAGUUCGCGCGGCCCUACAGCGAGGCCUUCCAGCGCCGCUACGGCACGCGCAUCAUACGCCGCCUGCGUCCCGGGGCCCAACCCGAGGCGCUGGCCCGCGGCCACGACGUGCGCUUCGCCGAGUUCCUGGCCUACCUGCUGGACCCGCGCACGCGCCGCGGAGAGCCCUUCAAUGAGCACUGGGAGCGCGCGCACGCGCUCUGCCACCCGUGCCGCCUGCGCUACGACGUGGUGGGCAAGUUUGAGACCCUGGCCGAGGACGCGGCCUUCGUGCUGGGCCUGGCCGGGGCGCCGGGCCUGCACUUCCCCGCGCCGCCACGGCCGCGAGCGGCGGCCGCAGCGCGCGACUACGCGGCGCGCCUCUUCCAGGACAUCAGCCCCUUCUACCAGCGGCGCCUCUUCGACCUCUACAAGAUGGACUUCCUGCUCUUCAACUAUUCUGUGCCCGCCUACCUGCGGCUGCACUAGCGCGGGGCCGCCUCCCCUCCCCCCAGCCUGCCGGUGCACCUGCGCCAAGGCAGCUGCUUGGAGGUGCGUUCCCAACACGGCUCAGGAGGCGCUGGUGCUGCCGGUGCUGGGGCCCCGCAGAAGCCCUGCACCCACGCUUGGCUGGUUGGCAGCCCACCUGGUCACAGGUCACGCCUGGUUUGGGUGCAACCUGCUUUGGGCAGCCAGCCAUACAGCUGUGCGUUUGCCUCUACCUGUGCCAGCUGACGGGCACCUCCCCUAGGCACUCCGGGGUGGGCAGGUUCUGCGUAGGGAGCUUUUUUUUUUUUUUUUUUUUUUUAAGGCCCCGUGACGCCACUUUAUGGAUCAGCUCUGCCUCUGUGCAGGGAACAGAAUGUAGACACAUAGCCUACCCAGGGCUCCGCCCACCCCACCCCCACCAGGACAGUCCUGGGCCAGGAGAGAGGCCUCUCCUUGGCUGCACGCAGGGCAGGACCAGCCCUGUAGGCAAGGCUCCCCCCUCUUCCCAUCCAGGGGCCAGCGUGAGCCUCCUUCCAUGGUGCCAGACAGGACAGGCUCACCUGUCCCCACGUGGCUCACGCUUGCUGUCUGGCAAGCUGCUGGGCCUCCCUGGUGUCAGCAGAGCCCAUGCUGCCGCGCUGGGCAGGUCUGAUAGGAUGGGGACGGGCAUGUGUUUGAAAUAAAUGUUUUGUUACUUUCUGA